AUGAAGGCCGCACAGGAGAGACAGAAAUCAUAUGCCGAUCUUCGCAGGAAACCUCUAGCAUUCGAAGUUGGUGAUAAAGUCCUGCUGAAAGUGUCGCCGAUGAAAGGGGUAAUGAGGUUUGGUAAGAAAGGGAAACUAAGCCCUAAAUAUAUCGGGCCAUACGAAAUAUUAGAGCAAAUAGGUGCAGUUGCUUACAGAUUGGCACUACCGCCAGAAUUAUCUAAAGUGCAUGACGUGUUUCACGUAUCUCAGCUGCGAAGGUAUAUCAGUGAUCCAUCACACGUCAUUCCUACAGAGUCAGUAGAAGUGGAACCAAACCUGACUUUUGAAGAAAGACCGGUCCAGAUAGUCGAUAGACAGGAAAAGAUUCUCCGGAGAAAGGUGGUUCCAAUUGUAAAGAUACUAUGGAGAAGUCAAAAAUAUGAAGAAGCCACAUGGGAGACAGAAGAGUCGAUGAGACAAAAAUACCCAGAGCUUUUCGACAAGGUAACAUGUUCUUGCCUUGAGUUAAACAUGCUUAAAGGACUUGUUAUACUACUCUAA